UCUUACAGCUCGUCAAACAUAGAAGAAGCCAUCGACCAGGCUGAGUCUGGUGGCGGGGGCGACUAUCCUCACCAGUACCACGAUUAUGAAGGCUUUUCGUUCCCCUCUUGCAGCGGUGAACUCUUCGAGUACCCUCUGGAGACAGGCGAUGCAUACACGGGAGGUAGCCCAGGCGCUGACCGAGUCAUCUACGACCAAGAUGGCGACUACUGCGGUUGCAUUACUCACACGGGUGCCAGUGGCGAUAACUUCGUUGCGUGCGACUUCUAG